AUGGAUGUCCUCUUGAGAGUCGCUGCAUUUCUGGGAAUUCUCUCAAUAGUAUUACUGGUGGUGAAGUGGCAUGCCCCAACAAUUGCAGGUUGGCUUUCCAAAGAACUUACUGUUGCAACUUCCUGAGUUCUUGAGAUAGCAGGUGUCUAAAAACUAAUUUCCAUGCAAAUAGUUUGCGCUGGCGUUGCCAAAUGUUAUUGGGUUGUUGCUGUUUUUAAGCUCUAAUUGAAAAUUUUGAAUGCUUUUGGCCAAUAUGUGUUUAUGAUGACAAUGUUGCAUGGCACUUUACAAUGUGAAAAAAGUCAAAAGGGGAUUAAAAUCUAAAAAUAUGUCAUGUGGGAAAUGGGAAGUGCGAGGCGGGCUAAAUAGACAAGGAGUAUGCAUUUGUUUCAGUUAAAUGAUGUACGUAGCUUUGUUAUAGCAUUAUGUAUGGACUGAUAUGAUGCACCAAAGUCUUCGUGGCUUUGCAGAGAAAUUUGAAGAGAUGGCAUCACACGGAUCUUGUGCAUCAGAUAAGGCAGCAAGGGGGAAAGCUGGCAUUGUUUACGGUGGAAAUGCAACCUUUUUGGACCAGAGGGCACAUUUGAAAUCUGAGAGUGUGUUGUGGGUGCCAACAGAUAGCGGGGAAACCCAUGGGAGGUGGAACUCAUUUAGCAUCCUCCCAUCUAAAAGUGGCUUUGCAGGUGAAGGCUGUUGAGAGGUGGUGAAUAGGCUUGAAUACCAAAACUCUGGAGACGCAACUUAAUGUCUUCCAUAGACAAAAACCAAGUGUCUUUCAUAGACUGUUGAAUGUAUUUGCUUUAAUGCAAGCAGAUGCUUCUCUUUGAAAGGGAGGUCAGUCUCUUGAUUUAAAGGUCCACUAAUCAAGCUGAGGUGAAAGGCCUUCCCACCCACCACCUACUUUGGUCUUUGAAGCAUUCUUUGCACACCAUCACUGGGAACAUUAGGAAGGCCUUUGGUGCACGAUGGCAUUUCUCUAUGUGCCAGAGGCUCUGGCAGAUCAAAGGACACAUCGCUUCAAAUAGUUUGUGGCUUAUCAAAUGCUUAUCCUAGAACUACUGACCUCUCAAUCAUUUAUUAACAAACCUCCAUCCAACAACCUUUUGCCUCAUGUUGUCUGGGGAGAAACCGCUUACAUGGUUCGAACAGUUUAUACAAAAAAGGACCCAGAUUCUGACCUUCCUGGGUUCACCCAGUUUCCUUGUGUUAAAGAAGAUUAAUUAAAGAAACAAGCCCAGUUUGCCUAAAAUGUGUUUAAGAUAGGAAAGCCCCAAUUAGUAUAAUGACAUAGAGCAAAAGUAAUGAUGCGGUUACCGGUUAUGCAUUCCUGGCGUGCUGUGAAGAAAACUGUCUCAGAAACCAAACUUAAGUGAAAUAUCUGACAGGAAGAGAGAAAUUCUAAUAGUUAUGAUACCAGGACCCAUUCUUAUGACCCCCCUUAUCAACCCCAGCAUGCAGCAACAUCUGAGUGUGCUACCGCUGGCCAUGGUACUUUCUUUGUUUUCAAAUUGAAGAGAGAGAACUCAGCUUGUGAAAAAGACCAAGGUGGAAUCUAGACACACUUUAAAGAAAAUGUUGUAAAAAUGCUUUUUAAUUUUUUUUAGAAAAAUAUAUUGAAUUUGCCAUAGCUCACCAUAGCCAUCUAGUGUCACAUUUGUACAAUGCACUUUACAACACACUUAAUUUUUUUUAUUUGCAGCUGUGUAGCUGAGUCCCAAGUUUUUAAAAGUAACUACUUUAGUGUGCUACUUCAUAGCUAGUAGCUGAACUGUACAGUUAAAUGGCUGCAUAUGUCUUUUUUGUAAACCUUUUGGGUUUGUUUGUUUUUUGCAAUCAAGCUGUGUAUAAAUAUUGUGAGAUUAAACAAAUAAACAAAUUAAUUAUGUGCAAGUCUUCUCCAUAUGCUUAGGUCUUCUGAAGAGGCGUACUAGCUUUUUGGAACUGUAUGCAAGGAGCAGGGACUUAUUGGUGGUGGUGCUGUCAUUAUGGACUUUGCUUUCCAGGGACGGAAUCGGUUUAUUAGAGGACCACUUUGCUUGUUCUCUGUGGCCUUCAGACUAUUGCAUUUAGAAAGGCCUCUGGGGAUAAUGGGCUGAGACGUCUGGUUGAUUGUAGUGCUGCCAUUUUGACAGCUAUGAUUUCAGUGUGUUUCUUCUAUUGCUUUGUAUUGGUUCUUGUGCCUUUAAAUGGAUUUUAACUAGUUUUGCAGUACAUAAUUUUUCUCCUGGUCAAAAGUUGAGAAAUAAAUUGGAAAUAAAAGUAUAUUAGAUUAAAUUUAAAGGGUUCCUCUCAUUGAUGGUGGUUAAAUGUGUAUUAAAUUAAGCUGUUGCUAUAGGCCUGUAUAUUUUCAAUGCAAAGCACUUAAUUAGAAAUAUGCAUGGAUGGGCAUUGGUCUAAUCACAUAACUAAUGACCUAGUCCGCUCAGAAUCUCCAGUCUUUGUUCAUGUGGUAGAGUCUGUUUUGGAUUGGAGCCAUCAUUUCCAUCUCUGGCUUAACUGGAUAAUUUAUAUCUCCAUAUGCAGCAGGCUGCAAAGACAGACAUAUCAUGUUCUAUAGUGCCAUUCACAUUAUCGCUUUUAGUGGACUGUCAGUUGUCAUUGCCAUUAGAAACCCUAAUUUUUCAUGGCCAUAUAAUUUGAUGUUUUGAAUUACACGGGGCUUAGGCUCUUUAUUUCCCCAAAGCAUGACAGUUCCUGAAUUAAGCUACCUCAUAUUAGGAGGACUUUUAAAAAAAGAAACAAGCCAUGAAAUAGGAGGCUUGUUUUUAAAAGAUUAUUUUAAAUAAUCUAUGGGUUUCCCCCCCUUUCUUUUUUACUUGCAGAGUAGCAUAAGGAAGCUGAGCAGGGCAAAAUGAAGGCAGGGUUCAUGCUUGCUAGUAGAGGUUUAAGGGGUUCAAACUAUCCUAAACAUCUUUGCAGAAGCUUAAGAAAAGCUUGGCCUUUCACUCAAUAUGAAAAAACCCCAAAGUGCUGCACCAACAAGCACAAAACAAUCCCUCUGCAGUGCCACAAAUCCAACUUAAUGAUGUAACGUUGGAAAGUGUCGGUCAGUUUUCCUACCUGGACUGUUAUCUUUCCACAAGGGCAAACAUUGAUGCUGAAAUCCAGCAUCGCCUGAGCUCUGCGAGUGCAGCUUUCUCCUGAUUCAGUCACAGAGUGUUUGAGGACCAGGACUUUCUUAGGGAAACCAAAAUGCUUGUUUACAAAGCUAUUGCACUAUAAACUUUGCUGCAUGCUUGUGAAAUGUGGAUCACUUAUAAACACCAUAUCCAACUCCUCGAAAGUCUCUGAAAAGUUUUACAUAUCACUUGGAAAGACAGGGAAACUAAUGUCAGUGUACUGGAAGAAGCAAAGAAAACCAGUAUCAAAGUAAUGAUUCUUCAAUAUCAACUUUGUUGGACUGGUGAUGUUGUUCGGAUGCCUGAUUAUCGUCCUCCAAAGCAACUACUCUAUUUCCAACUUAAGAAUGGAAAGUGAAAUGCUGGUGGACAACAAAAGAGGUUUAAAGACACUCUCAAGGUAAAUAUUAAAAAAUGCAGUAUAAGCAUGGAUAAUUGGGAAAUGCUGGCCUGCGAGUGUAGCCUCUACCAAAGGCAUCAUGGACUUUGAAGAAGCACGAAAGGGAGAACUGUGCUAAGAGGAAGGCACGUUCGGCAACUCUCACCUGGAAACCUAUGUCCCCACUGUGAAAAGAUGUAUGGAUCCAAAACUGGCCUCCACAGUCACUCACAGACACACCGUUAAGACCAUAUUCAUGAAAGACAAUCUUGCUCAGCCAGAAGUGAUUGCCAAAGAAGAAGAAGACUGGGGUGGGGAUUUUGGGGGGCCCAAGGACUGCAUUGACCAUUGGCCCAUACUCCAGAAACCACAUGUCUGCAGUGAGAGUGGCUAACCCAGAGUCUUACACAUACAACACACAUACAGAGACACACAGUGCUCUCUGCUUAUCAAAAUGAUCAAUCUGAUAACCAGGAAGGGAGUGGCGUGCCUUCCCACCAUGAUCUGUAUUAAGUAAUGGGUUGAGAAAGCAGACGACACAGAGAUUUCUCCAAGUGGUUCUUUAUAGUAAGCUUGAACUGAACUGAACUGAACUGAACAGCUCAGUUGGCUUGCUUUUAUAGGCAGCCGGCUGUCAACACUGUAACAACAACACCCCAGGGUUUCCCGCCUAAAUUAACUGAGGUGGACCUGAGUGAAAACUAUAUACACAAUACCCCUGGUGGCCAGGGUGAGCACUUCAAUACAUAACGGUCUGGGCUGCCAGGAGAGGUUUAAACAUUCCUAUACAAAUUUAAUUAAUUAUCCCUGUCCACCUCAGCAGUGCCUAUUUAAACCCUCUGCCCCUUUGCCAUUGCUGUCAAAAAGAUCAGUGGGAUCUUGCAGGGAGAAGAAGAAAAAUCUGGGAUUUGCAGGUAAGUAAUCCACCCCUUGGAUGGAUCCAUGAGUUGUAUCUGAGGCUUUUUCAUUUAUGUCAACCAUUUACGUUCAUGUUUUGCUAACCGCUCCUAUCCACUGUGGCCCUUUGCAACACCUCCCCUCCCAAAGCUGCUGCUGAGAGUUGGGGGACCCUCUGUACAGGAAAUGAUGCAGAGGGCUCCAAUAUCUAGGAUCUCGAGUAGGGGGUCAGAGAAAACUGGGUGUGAGAGAGCAAAGUGGCCAUUAAAUACAAUCCCCUGUUGCUUUAGCAGCUCUGGGAUUGGAUAUGGGCAUCAGUUCCACCAAUGGCAGAAAAGGGGAGAGGUCUUCUGCUGAUUCUCCCCACCCCAACUGCCAGCAGGAUCACUCCACCGGGGUUUGUGGCUAGACAAAGCCUUUCCGUCAAUGGAAGGUGAAGUCCUUUGUGUUUUUAGACAUUUUUAAAUGAUUUUAGAGUCACCACAACAAGCAUUCCAGUACUCAAAGGCUGAAUCCCCUGGCAAGUUCUCAUUAUGUAAACCCUAUGAAAUGAAUAGGAAUGGCACAAGGGUAAAGUAGCAGGUCUUAGCAAGACCCCAUUUACCAAAACUCCCUAGUUUUUGCUCUUGGUGUUUAACAACAAGAAGCAUCUCCCAAACUUAAUUAGCUAACCACCAUCUGUUGGCAGAAGAAUAGCCAAACUUUCAAAGCUCAGCCUUUUCUUCAGGCACAUGACAUCUUCUGUCUGGGAAAAAAACGCAACACCUCAGAUUUAAUGACCUAAACAUACAGAACGGGUAGAUUAAUUAACAGUGCAAACACUUCACUCAUCUUUCAGGUAGAUGACAUUGUAAUGAUGUGCAAAAGACUUGUUAAGGUAUUAUCAAGACUGCAAUAUUUUCAUUGCUUAAUGAACCUGGUUACCUAUACAGAUUCAGGUUUGCAUGAAUUUAAUUAACCAUAUGCUACCAUUUCCGCCUGAAAAAAGCAGUGGUGUGAAGUUUGCAAGAUUACAUUCACUCAAUAUUGCAGAUAAAGAUGGUGAAUGAUAUACAAAAAACCUCUGGGACAGGAACCAGUCUUCUUAUAGUGUGCAAAGUGCCAUGCACGUUGAAGGCUUUAUAUAAGUAAAAAAGAACAAUCAAGUGGUAUAUGGUCCAUUCCUGGGCCCUGGUACCAGAACAAAGAAACAAUCAAGUUGUAUAUAAAUUUAAACAAACAAACAAACAAACAAACAAACAGGGGUUCCCAGAUGGACCACCAUCCAAACACUGGCCAGAUCCAAAUCUGCUUAGCUUCAACAAAGUGUCGCAUCAUGUGCCUUUAAACCACACUGACAUUUUUGUUGACUUUGUUGAAAUCUCCAGCAAUUGGUAAAUUUGAAAAUUAAAGACAGAGGCCAGCAGACCUUUCAAAACUAUGAUUAUUAUUAUGACUAUUAUUAGAUUAAAUUAAACUUGUUAGCCGAUUGCCACCCAAAGGUGCUUUGUGAGCUGUUGUGCAAACUGCAAUGCUAUUGAUGGUCUACUACAUGCUAUCAAAUUGCAAAGGCCAUAGGCAUUUUCACCUGCUUGCCUAGCCAAACGCAAAGGUCCUAGCAUUCAGGCAGGGGGGAUUCUGGAGAAAGUAUAUUUAUGAUGUGUGUUAUGCCAAUAGGAUCUCUCUCUCUUUAGUGUAUGCCAGGGGUAGGCAACCUAAGGCCCGGGGGCCGAAUGCUGCCGAAUCGCCUUCUCAAUCCAGCCCGCAGACGGUCCGGGAAACAGCGUGUUUUUACAUGAGUAGAAUGUGUGCUUUUAUUUAAAAUGCAUCUCUGGGUUAUUUAUGGGGCACAGGAAUUUGUUCAAUUUUUUCCCCAAAAUAUAGUCCGGCCCACCACAUGGUCUGAGGGAUGGAAAAGGUUGCUGACCCCCGGCGUAUGCUGAUCAUGAUCUAGAGCCAUGUGCACACAGUGGCGCCCUGUUUUCUAAGAAGAGAAACAGUGGGGAAUAAAAUUACACUGUGCUCAUUUUGAGAUGAUAAUAGGAAGCAAGGCAGCAUGGGCCUUUUGGCCAGUGACUAGGCUAUGACUAUAAGCUGCACGACAGUGAACAUUUACCUGGGAGUAAGCCCCAUUAACGAAUGUGGGGCUUACUUCUGAGUAACCACGCAUGGGACUGCAUUGCAAGUAUAAACAGCCCAGCAUGUUUCGAUGGGGUUCUUUAACUACUUAUUAACUAAAAUAUAUUCCCUGUUGCUCAUAUUUAUUAAGCGCUGCAUGACAGAUGACAUCAUCCUCCCUUAGAAACCUGUAAUUUAGAAAACACAAAACAUAACUGCGAGGGAAGAAAAAGAGAACAUGGUUGGGGGUAGAAAUUGUAGGAAAAGAAAAAAGACUUCAAGGACAGCCAAAGAAUAUAAUACCAUGGUGAAUUGUUUGUAUUUCAUUGACUUUUACACCUGGGACAUUGUCUUUGCAGAGUCUCAAAGAACUUUGACACUGUUUGUUUUUAUUCAGUGGGGGGGGGGGACUGUACACUGCUCAAGAAAUUGCCAUGUAGUUUUCAAGCAAAGCCUUUUCAUCCAAUGAUUUGACUAAUCUACUUUUAAUGCUGCCCAAAUUGGUGGCCAUCAAAUAAAUAAAAGGUUGUGCCAACAGCUUCCAUUAUGUACAAAAAGAAGCAAUCCUUUGCUCAGAUCCGCCGGGGUUGGGGACUUACACUGACAUACUAGCCCAGCUGAGGUGGGAACUAACCAUUUGAACCAGAGAUCCAGUGGGGAACCAGGGAUCCAGUAGGUCUCCAGUUCAGAUGGUUACUUCUCUGCUUCAGCUGGGCUAGUAUGGCACGGUAGGUCCCCAACCCCAGCCCAGCCAGAGAUCUUCUACCACAAGUCCACCAUCCUUGCUCAGCUGGGUUUCAGCUAGCUGAGCUGAGACUGGCAGAUCGUAAGCCAUUGUAAGCCCUGAGAAAAGGAUGGGGGCGGGAUGCAAGAUUUGAUGGUCAUUUGGUCACAUCCAGCAUGGCUCUCCUUACAUUGUUGUUAUGAGAAAGUCCAGUUGAACAAACCAAAGUUUACUUCUGAGUGGGCAUGUAUAGAAUUGCACUGCAAAUGAUAUACUGCAUUCUUUACCAUCCAAUAUGGAAAGCUGUGGCUUUGCACAGGAAUGCUAAGAACAAAAAACAUGCCAAAGUUCCCCAGGCACAUAUGGCAAAUAUGUUGUUCACGUUCAUCUGCACUCAGCUCACCUUUAAUCUCUGACAACUGCCUGCAGUCAGAGUGACCUUAAAGCAUCGUAUUCUGAAAGGUGCCUGUUUGCCUGCCUAUAAACAACACCUGGAGAGCAGAGAAUCCCAGCAGCUGCCUCUGCCUCUUUAUAGCUUUAUUAUCUUUUAUAAUACUGAAAACAUUGCUUGCAGAGGCCAGUCUGCAAUCUCUGGUGGGUUUUGCAGAUGGCUAGCAUUUGCAUGUGCAACUUUUACAACUGUCAUCAGAGCACAAAGAACAAAUACAAUCAUAGGCACUUGCUGUUCUUAUGUAACUGUGUUUUGGUUCAGGAAUUGUUUCCGUGUUACCAUUUCAGUAUCAGUUGGGGCAAGGGAUGACCUAGAUUUGCAAUAGGCUCGAGAAUUGCUCUCUACAGAAACCCCAUCAAGUUUUGCUUUAUUGUGAACUCUGUCUUGGUGGUUAGAUGAAGGAUAACCUCUGUAAUCCUCAGUAACUGGUAUUCAGAGCAUACCUGUACUGAGCUAUUAUAGCCAUCAUGGCUAGUAGCCACUGACAAGAGUUACUCUCCAUUAAUUUGUCCAACCAAGCUUGUGGCCUUUGAUAUAUCCUGUGGUAGCAAUUCCAUACAGGGCCGUCUUUUCCAUUUGGCUGAGUGGCGCCAUGUGCCAUGGCACCCGCCCAGCAGGGGCGCCUAGCAGCGGGUCCGCCGCCCUCCACCGACUCAGGAGUCUCCUUGGGUCUCCUCAGAGGAGGAGGAGCCACACUGAAAGCCCCACAGAGCAGAGUCUGGCGCUGACCAUAGGCAGGCAGAGGAUGGGAAGAAGGCAGGCAAGCGGAGGAGGGAGGGAAGGAGAGAAGCAAAAGCUCCCUCAACUCAGGACCCAAACCCUGGAACCUACAGUGUUAAAAAAAGUGAUCCCUUGUGUGCUCCUGAUUUUGUUCUGCCCCCGGUGCUUUGUCCCAUUUCUGCUGCAGGGGCCGCUGUGAAAGCCUCUAUUCCCUGCGUCUAUUCCCUGAGUGUAGUGGAUUUCAAAUUUUAAUUAUUUUAAAAUAUGUUUGCACCUUGUUUUAAGGUCUCCCUUAUUAAAGCAACGGAUUAAGGUGUUAAGAGAACCUUAGAAUGUGAGGGGGGAAAAUACCAUACAAUGUAUUAUAUCAAACUAUUUAACAUGAAUAACGCAGGUAUUCUGAAUUUAAAAAGGAAUCAACAUUGUUAAAAACAAGGUGUUACAUAAUAUGAUAAUUGUUGAGGUGUGGUGGACACAGGGCUACCCUGAGAUUAAUCCCCACUGAGGCAUAGAUCUUACAAAUAACAAGUAAGAGUUCAGGCACUAGCACUGCAGACUGCAAUGGGUUGGAGGAGGAGAGGAAGAAGAACCUUCACGUGGAAAACUAGCACAUCAGAGAAGAUAUUAGGCUGACAAAUAUAUUGAGGGAUGGGGACAAAUAGAGCAAAUUUAUGGACAUGGGGGAGGGGGGAACAAAGAGAAAACUGAUUUUGUGCUUUUGCAUUUUAAAGAUGUAAAUGUUUAAACUGUGCUUUAAUACCACUGUUGCCUCCUAAGGAAAGUAAGGUGCGUUUGUAACUGCCCGGUCGUCCUGCAUUCUCAGAGUGCCGCAGCCAGAUGAUGGCUCUGGGGACUCAACUGAAAUAGCAUCACUUCCACUGUUGACAAAGUACUAAGUCAUUUUAAUGGGUAAAAUAGGUCUUUCUCCCAUGCCGAGGUCUCACUCUCUUCACCUCAGCCUCUGACUGGCACCUGACUUCAUCAAUUGGCCAUUUUUCUUUGCAAACCACGCAUGGAAUGCUUACUCUGACUGCAGCAUAAAACUUCCCAGAACAAAGUGACCAACAGUGUCAGCACGUUUUUUAAUGAGCAAAGCCCCAGAGUCCCUUCUUUGAAUAGUUUAUGAGCAAGUCAGAGUUUCUAAUAAAUGAUUAUCCUUUAAAAUACAAAAAGCCGCCCUGUGGUGUAGAAGUCAGGUUACACAGAACUACAAACACCUCAAAAAUGGAAAAUGUUUAUUGCUCCAGAAUAUGUACCAGUGCAAAUCUGUCCACAAAACAUCUCCAGUUACUCAUUUGCCUCAGUACUAACUCUCUCUCUCUCUCUCUCUCUACACACACACACACACACACACACACACACACACACAGUGGUACCUCGGGUUAUGAACUUAAUUCGUUCCGUAGGUCCGUUCUUAACCCGAAACCGUUCUUAACCUGAGGUGCACUUUCGCUAACAGGGCUUCCCGCCACCACCGCACAAUUUCCGUUCUCAUCCUGGGGCAAAGUUCACAACCCAAGGUAACUACUUCCGGGUUAGUGGAGUUUGUAACCUGAAGCGUUUGUAACCCGAGGUACCACUGUGUGUGUGUGUGUGUGUGUGUGUGUGUGUAAUAUCUCAGCAUAUUUCAAGAAUAUCAACAUAUCAGGGUGGGGAAUCAAAAUGACAGCCACAAAAAUCCACACAACCACAACUAGCUUUGCCACACUUUUUGAGAAUCAGAGUUGUGCCAUCAGCAAGAUGCGGAGUCAGCACCAAUCAGCUGAUUGGUGCUGAUGGCACUCCUUUAAAGGGGUCAUUAGUUGACCAGCACUGAAAACAAGCCCUUUGGGACUUGUCACCUGAUAUCAUAAUGGCAUGAGGUGAUCAACAGGUAGGCAGCUCCACCCACCCAUCAAAGUUGCCCCAUGGAGGGGUAAGGAUCUGGCAUGUUGGCUGCAUCCAGUUCCCUGCUCCUGAGGUAGAACGCAGCCAUCAUGGCUGGUAGUCAUUGAUAGCCAUAUGCUCCAUAAAUAUCCUCUUAAAUACCCUCCUUUAUCUAACCCUCUUAAAAACUAUAAGAAUUUAAGUCUAUAUCCAUUUUAAAAGUGAAACAAAAGAUGUAUUUGUUUUACUUCUUGAAAGAAAAAUCAAGCAUCUACUCAAGACUGCAAAUGGGGACCUGCAAUCUCAAACUCAAGUAGUUUUCAGGUGCCCAUAGUAGGUAAUGAUUGCCCCCACUGUUCUACCAGCAUACGUCUCCAUGCAUUGCUUAUUGUAUCAUUAAUUUGAACUGAAGCAUUUCUUUUUCCUUUUCCCUUUUGUGCUUUUUUCCCUUUUGAGGAUCCCCCCCCCUUUCUUGAAUAAAUUUUCAAUAAAAAUCAAUUAAAACUUUACCAAAACCCCAAAAAGCAAAUAUUGCACUUAUAAUACAUUAAUGUGUAUUCAUUUCCCCCAGUAUUUACAUAAUGCCAUUGCAGCAGAAUUUGCUUCUCCUUAUCACAGACUCGAGUGUUUUUGGCACGGACAUCCAGCUCUGCCUAUAGCUGUCUAUCAAGAUUUAAUUCCCAGCAGCUAAUACUAAUUUGGAGCACAGUGAAUGUGCCUAUAGGUGCAAAGAUGGGAUAUAAAUAGACUUAUAAUAAUAAUAAAAAACCUAAUUAGCUUCUCAAAACAAAAACCAACUAUAUCCUACACAGCUGAAAGUGGUGCUUUCAUAAGUUGGAAUUUUGCUUCAACCUGAUUCCUGUAGGAACCUGCCUGAACAUAAAAAUGGAUCCCUUUUAAUAACUACUUUGUCUAGGUUUCCUGUCUCCUCUGUCAUGAAAUGACUAAUUGCUAAUUUCCAAACUUUUGAAUGAUUCCCAGUGCAUCCCACUCACUAACUAUGAGGCUGGUACACUACACAUAUACACUAUGGGCUUCCAACAAACUCUUUACUCACUGUAAAAGACACCUGUGUUAGUUGUGGUUUCUCGUAAUCCUGCAAUUUCUUCUUUACAUGUCAUAGAACAUUUCUUCUGUACAGUGGGACCCUUGUCAAAAAAACGUUGUUUUUUUAAUCUCAAAGUAUCUUCCGCUUCUUUAUUGUCUACACCUGUACAGUUUGGAGCCCUCAGGAAACAAAUAUGGAACCAGUGUAGUGCAGUGGUUAGAGUGUUGGACUAGAGCUGGCUUCAGGGUUCAAUUCUCCCCUCAGCCAAGAGCCAGUGCCAUCAUGAGGCCAACUAGGCAGCCGCCUAGGCUGCAGGCCUUAGAGGCAUCUAAGUUGCCUUUAAUGAUUAGCCUUGGAAUACAUGACGUAAUAAUAAAGUGCCUCAUAUGAUGCAUAAUUCCUUUACAACACCACAUUCAAGGCACCAAAAUAGGUCUUUGGGUGGAUAGGUGGGUGUUUUUUAAAAAAAUUAAAACACUUAAAAAUAUAAGUGUCCUAAUCUUCUAGACAAUAAAAUAAUAUCAGCUGGCAUGCUUAUGUCUGGUAAUCAGCCAUAGGGAUUUAACCUGAUAUUUACUCAAGAGGCAGUACAGAUGUGGCAUGGCUGUCUAUAAAAAACAGCAGUGCAAAUCUAUAAUAUUUGUAUAGACAUUUGAGCCUUAAACUAAAUUAUCAGAGUGAAUCAUGCUAAUGGCACAUUAAGACAAAUAGAUAAGUAACAGGGCACAGAAUGUUCCUUUAACUGUUUUGUUGUUGUUGUUGUUUCAAGUGGCACCAAGUCAGGUUAAUGAAAAGAAAGUUUAACCUUGUACUGCGCCAAAGGCAAAAUGCUGAGGGGUGAAAUUGUUCUCCUGUAGGAACUUGUGAGGAUGUGGCGGGGGAGGGGGGGAGAGAGAGAAUUUCUUAAUUUAAUAUGCAGAGUUUGCAGAUGCUCCUGGCUAUGCUGGAGAGCGUCAGUCAACCUUCCAAGACAGCUUGCUGUAAAUUGUAUAAAUACCUCAGAACAAGAGGAAAGGUGUCUCCAGUCAGGCAGCGCCGGAUGUGUUUAUGAAACCCUGAUUUCAAGAGACACAUGUUUAUUUGACCUGUUCAGCAAAAUGGAAGAGGCAUUGCUGGGACAAAAAGGAGGGAAGUUUCCAUUACUAUGAUUGCUGAAAUGUAGUGCAGUUUAGAGAACACAUGUGCUUAACAGUGGGGCCUUCACAAAUCUGUAUAAAAACUGGAUGGAGAAAAAAGGAGGCAAGGGAACUAGGAAUGGAUGAGCAGGACACCAGGAUAAACUCUUAGCAUAUGUACAUGACUGUGGUACUCUGAAAUGGGAAGGGGAAAGAUCUCCAGAUGUUGUUCAACUCCCACCAGCCCCAGUUGUUGGCAUCCAUCUGUCUCAAGAGGCAAUGGAGUGCUUCUCGUCCUGUUUGUGGCCUUCCUGGCCACAUCACCAUAGAUCUGUAAAAGAACAAAAGCUAAUGGUCCAAACUGUAUUCCUGAGGCAAAUCGAUCUACGUACCAGCUCUGCUGAGUGAGAUGCAAUCCGGAACCUAGAGCACUGCAUGAAGGGUCACAGAUACCGUGUUGGGACUGGAUACAAGGAGAUCUAGAGUAAGGAGCUUGGCCUCAGCUAAUGACAAGUGAAGUGAGUCCAGCAACCAACCAUAGCCAAGAACCAGGAAAAUACACUGGUUCAAAGGUUUGGGGAUGUUGUGUCAGGCUCUGCCUUUGUUGCCUGAUGUGCUUGCUGGAGGAAGGUAUAUAAAUAUAAUUUUCAUCUAAAAGGCCACGUAGAUUUUCCAUACGGGGUCAGAGCUGAUACAGCAGCAAGAGUAUGGCUUACCUAAUCCAAUAUAAAGCACAAUAAGCUACAGCCUAUAAGUAUCAUGUUCAUAAUGUUAAUAAGUUCACAUGUCUCUCACCCCAUAACAUCCAGCAAUAGCAUAUUUCAAGCAGACAAUGGAUAAUGGAGAUUUCCCUUUGAAAGGACUAUCUAGCAGAUGGAUCCAACGGAAAUAAGCCAGCUAUGAAAUCUUUGGCAAAUUCCUCCGGACCACCAUUUUCGUUUUCUAAAAAUCUGAAACAGCUGGCAGUGGCAGCAGAUAAUAUGCAUUUGACAUUUCAUUAAAACUAAAUUGGCAAUUACAAUAAGAUAGUGCAGAAACUUGUUUUUCCCCCUCCUCCAUGUGAUAUUUGAGCACUUCAAGUCCUCUGUGUUCCUUCAGUGGUUCUGAGAAACGAUCGAGUUAAAGACUGUCUCGAAAAGAAGAGUUGACUUUGCAUGAGCAAAGCAAAUAUUCGAAGCCCGAAAGGUUAAUAUGUUCUUCUUGCGUGCAAUGAAUAUUUAUUCAUUAUCUCCAGAAGGUGUUUAUAUUCUGUGAGACUUGGUAAGGUGCCUUUAUUUGCCAUAUGUCUCUUAAAUGGAAUGCUUAACCUGUAUGAUAUUUAACACAUUUGUCGAAUGAAGGAAAAUACACAGCGAGUUGGGUUUUUGAACAAACAACGUUGCAGUUUUAAAUAUUUUUUUUUAUGUAUAGCACAGCAGCUGGAAAAUAGCAGCUGUGAGUUAGGGCAUAUCAACAGCCACUGCUUGCUAACACUGUAUGCCCUUUUGAGGGGCUCAGUCUCUAACCCUGUCAGAAUGAUCUAUUGGGCUCGUCUAAUAGACUGGCCAUUUUUCCAGGGGGAGGAGACUUAAACCACAUUAUAAUUAAAGAAUAGUGACAUCUAAUAAUGAAUUAAUAAACCAACCAGUUUAAUAACCUCAAGAGGAAGGAAGGAACUUGAACUAAACAGGAACCAUUCAUGAGGAAUAAAUACUUUUACCGGAUAUAUUUUACUAGAAAAAACAGGAAUGUGUGCUUGAGGGAAUAUUUUAAAGUACAUGAUGUAAAACUAUAUUUAAUAAAGUUCAGCCUAAUCUUACCCAACAAAAAACAAAAUCUGAGGUUGAUUUCUUCCCACUGCUGGCGUGCAUCCUUCAGUAUGUGCCAGAUUUCUAAAAUUGCAAGGUAUCUCAGGGAGGUGUCUUCCUAUCCUCGUUUAAUUUGCAUGCUGCCUUUCCAUAGUUUAAAACCAUGCUCAAGGGAGCUUACAACAUGAAAAGACUACAUAAUUGCAAACAUAACAAAAGCAGUAAUAAACAAUAAAACACAUCAAAAAGUACACAACCAUAAUUGAACAGUUUCCACACAAGUCAUUAUAAGAUCUAGAAAUAAAGAUACAAAUAAAUGACAUCAACAACAACGCCCCCCCCCAACCUCCUUAAAAACACCCCAGCCCAAGUAUCUGUUCAGCAGCGUCAGCUUUUGUAGUUGGAGUCAGUCAGGGCCCUGCCCUCUCAGGCCAGGUGGGAAAAGGCCUCCAAGGCAGGGAGCAGGUCUUCCAGAACUCACAGCCAAUCUAGUUUUCUAGGGCAAGAGAAGGGGUACCAGGUUUGGUGAGUGAGACGAAGUGCACUAUCCACCCAGGAGCAAGAGUUGGCCUUGGCAUUAUAAGUAGCUAAAGAACUAGGAGCAGGGAAUGCUAGUGUGGCACUCCAGGCCUCUCUACCAGACCCUUGAGAUUCUGACCAGGCCAUGGCCCUCACUGGCCUUGUUACACACGCUCCUAGAUUACCUUUGUGCAGAAAACUCAGACCUUUAUGUGACUGCAAUGAAGCCCACUGUAAAAGGACAAGGCUCACAUCCAUUACUGCCCCCAUGUUGCUCUGUGCUCCGACCUCACAUACUACUGGCAAGCUAACCAUGGAAGAAGAAGAAGAAGAAGAAGAAGAAGAAGAAGAAGGAGGAGGAGGAGUAGUUUGGAUUUGAUAUCCCACUUUAUCACUUCCUGAAGGAGUCUCAAAGCGGCUAACAAUCUCCUUUCCCUCCUCCCCAACAACAAACACUCUGUGAGGUGAGUGGGGCUGAGAGACUUCAAAGAAGUGUGACUAGCCCAAGGUCACCCAGCAGCUGCAUGUGGAGGAGCGGAGACGCGAACUCGGUUCACCAGAUUACGAGUCUACCACUCUUAACCACUACACCACACUGGCUCUCACUGGCUCAGUGGAAGAUUGUCUAUGAGGAAAUACAGACUUUGGUUGCAUAAAUGCAUCUGAGUGCUCAGGUAUUCCAUUUGUCCAGCUUUAGCAAAAGGGAUUUUAAAAAGAAAAUAUAUAUGUGUUUACAGUGUUUUUUUCUGGGGGGUACGCAGGGGUACACAUACCCCUAAACAUUUUGUGAAUCUAAGUUUGGCCUCACUGAGGGGCAGUAUUUCAAUAUGAGUAGGGAAAAGAGUACCCCUAAACAUUUUUUUAGAAAAAAAGCACUAUGUAUAUAUCAUAACACCGAAUUGAACUACAGGCAGUAAUAUAUGUUGAGAGUUUCAUGACUACAGGAAGAUUAAAGAAGCCAGCACAAACAGACUAGGUUUUCUUUUUUAAUAACUGCUCUAGACAGAAGCGCUGUCUUGCCAGCCCCAGCCCAGGAAGAAAACAAACUGCUCGGUCAGCAGUGUGGUACAGCAACAACAACAACAAAAACCAGUGCCAUUUUCAGAUGUAUCAACAGCAGCAUCAUUUCCUGGCCUUGGAAAAUUAUAUUAUUUGCUCUGUCCAUCCAUCAGGAAAGGACUUUGUCAAGCUGGAAAAUUUCAGGGGAGAAAAUAAAAAGAUUUUCAUAGGCCAGAAGACAAAUCCCAUGAGAACAGGUUGAAGGAACGGAUUACACUAAGUGUAAAGAAGAUUAAUUGGGAGUAUAUGUUGACAGUUUAAAAUAUAUACAGUUACUCCUUUCCAAGAAGUUCCUCCUUAACUACUGUUUUGGUUCUGCUUGCACAACAUUUUGUUUUGGGAAAAAAUUAUAGGAGAAAAAACAUUUGGAUAUACAUUUGAAAAACUUAACACAGAUUCUUUCCUCUCAAUCACUUGCUACCACUUGGAGUAGUUUUAAGACUGCAAGCUAAGCUUUCAGAACAUGAAGAUUUGGAGUCUUCAAAUAUUAAUCUGUUAUAGCCCCAAUGGCAAGGAUUACUUCAGUAUAAAUUACCACCUACCCAUAUGCUGAAGUAAGUUGAAGCUGCGGUUGUUCAUUAACCCAAACUACACAACUGAAAAAAUGAACAGCUUCGCCCCAAACUACUGCUCCAAACUAGAAGCUCUUGAUUGUUUGAGAAAGAAGAAUAAAAUGGCCAUGUUCCUUGUUUUAAACCAAAGAAAUUCCAUGCAGUCUUUACAAACAAGUUUACAAGAGUUACUGCAGAGAGUCAGAUUCCCAGCAUAGCCCACAGACUCCAAAAAUGAUGUUUCCUCAAGUUGAAUUAAUCACUGGAAGAAAUCCAUCAAAACUGGAACAAGACGCACAGCUUCGUCAUUCUUCUGAGAUCUUGUGUGUGCGUGCGAUUAACCUGCCUCACCCACUGUACUAGUUUAUUAUAUUUUCUCUUCAGGAAAAGUCAAGAUGAAUCUGCAAGUCUAUAAUUCUUCGUACAUAUGAAGUCCUGGUGGCUCUGGAUAUGAGUAAUGGGAUACAGCAGCUUUCGCCUCUUGAGUCAGUGCCUCAAAUGUAGUCUACAUUGGUUAUGCAUGAAAAUCAUUAUUUUUUAAAAUGUCCAUUCUGAAGUAGUGCGGAGGCCUCUGUUCCACUGCUAGCGUGGGGGGGGGGGCGGGAAACCUGUGUCUAACUGGCAUUGAUAGAUUUUCCAGAGGUCUGAAGGCAUUAGGGAAAUAGAAUUUUUUCUCUCCCCCCGCCCCAAGAGGGCCAAGGGGUCUUGGAAUGGCAUAUGAGGAGAAACCUCUUACUUCCUACUAACUAUUCCUCAGUAACAAAUCUUAAUCCCUAGGGCUAGGUUAUCGUGAUACAUUUCCAAAAGUAAUGUGUUUGGUUCAGAACUUAAGCCCUCACAUUUCUGGACUCUCUCCUAGAGAAAAAAGAAAGAAAAGAAACAUAUUAAAGGCAGCUAUGGGCCAUUUAGUUCCUCCAAAUAACAACCGCUGCUUUAUUGGCAAGAUUAUAAAGCUACGGUGGGCUUCGGAUCUCACAAAAUUGAACUGUCAGCAUCCGUUCAGUGUAAAGUCCACUCUGGCUAGAGCUGCUUUGCACUGACAAACCUUUGAUUCUAAGCUCUUGGGGCAGCGAGCUGUUAUUUCUGCUCAGGCUGUGUGUAUUCACUGUGCUGCAUAAAUAUAAUAACUUUAAAAUAACAACUGAUCUUUCCCAGGCAUUCCUGCAACAAUCUCAGCUCAGCACCCAGCACUAAUUGCUGUGCUUUUUGCUGUGUAUUAUACUUGUGUUUAUUUAAUAGGGUUUGUAUUUAGGAUGUGUUUCACACGCUGCAGUUUAGCGUGCAUUCCAUGCACUGUGUGUCCUAUUUUUUAAAAAAGCACUGUACAUAUCUCAACCCUGCUUCAGACCCAUCAUCUCCCCUUCCCCACUUAGCUGCUUUUUUCCCACUUAGCUGUGAUUCCUGCAUCGCAGGAGUUAGAGUAGAUGACUCGUGGGGUCCCUUCCAGCCCUACAAUUCUAUGAUUCUACAAACUAGUUUCCACGUGCGAAAAAAGAGAAGUUAAAACUGAUUAAACUCACAUUUAAGCCCACCUGUGUACAGACGAAGGCAGAUGCAAAUACAGUAGCACCUCUCUUUUUUUGCAGGGGUAGUUCCCCAUGACAGUGAUGUAUCAUGGGUUUGUACAGCAGCAGAACAUCCCAUUUACUUCUAGAGCUGAUCAGUCACCUUCAUAUUAAGAGAGCCAGUAUGGCAUAGCGAUUAGAUUGUCAGACUAGGAAUUGGAAGACCAAGGUCCAAAUACCCAUUUGGCCAUGAAGCUCACUGGGCGGCCAAUCAGUGACUUGGAGCCCAACCUGCCUCACAAGGCUGUUGUAAGGAGAGGGAGAACCAUGUACAUCACUCUAGGAUCCUUGGGCUAUCAAGGCAAUUAAUUAACAUUUCCUUCUGCUUUACCAGUGUGGAAAUGGCAGCCCUUCAGGUUAGCAAUAGGUUGCGGUGUUUCAUGGAAGUACAUUGGUACCUCGGGUUACAGACGCUUCAGGUUACAGACGCUUCAGGUUAUAGACUCCGCUAACCCAGAAAUAGUACCUUGGGUUAAGAACUUUGCUUCAGGAUGAGAACAGAAAUUGUGUGGUGGCAGUGGGAGGCCCUUUUAACUAAAUUGGUACCUCAGGUUAAGAACGGACCUCCAGAAUGAAUUAAGUUCUUAACCCGAGGUACCACGGUAUCAGGAAGAUUCAGGAUCAACUGCGUAAAAAGCCAUUGCAACAUGGAAACCUUUAAUUCUGUUAAUUUCAGUGAGGGGACUGGAGGGGUUUUUGGUUGUUAAAACCCCCGAUUGUUAUCACCUUGCAGGGCUCAGUUUAAUCCAGGGUUCUGCCCUCAGACCUGGGACGUAUGAAACAAUAAUAAAGAGAAGAGAGAGGGUUUGAACAUGUACAGAGUGCCUGUAUACACCCCAAGUGGGAGCAAAGGACUUCACAGAUGGAAGAGACGACUUCAAAUCAGGUUUGGAUUCUGCUGUGUCUCAUGAGAUGUUCAGCACUGGUGGUAUGGAAUGGGGAGUGGUGUGGUGUUGAUAUGAAUUCAAAAGAGUGCAUGAGGGGAGCAGUUUUGCUGUAACUUAAAUCCACAGAGAGCGCUGUCCAAGUUUAGUGAGUGAUGGUUCCAUGGAAAGAAAUGGCUUGUUAGAAAGAAUUAAUUGGUAUGUGUUAACAAUUGGCAUAGCAGGGAGGGGAUGUUAAUCGCCAGCCAAUACUCAUCCGUUUACUUUGGCACCGGGAGCAUGUCGCAUUUUGCUUCUGCCAUUUCUGGAAACAAUAACUCCGGGCUCUGUUGCCAAACAGAUGAACAAGGCAGAGAUUUAAGGUAUUACGUUUCGCCACUGUGUGUAGCUGUGUGUUAGGUUUUUAGGCAUGAGACACCAAAGAUAACACGAGACGGUAAGCGCAGCACAAGGCAAACCUCCAGUUGCUUCCGUACCGUCGACUUUAAUCCUGUUAGCAUAUUGUGACAUAAACGUUUGCAAGACCCAGCCUGACACCUGGCAACGGGAUGCUUUAAUUGCUAUUCAACUCGAUGCUUCCACUGGGAUAGCUGUGGUUACUCAGAGCAAACUCACUUCGUAAAUCUGAUGACUGAAUAAUAAAGAGAACGUAUUCCUCUUCAGCCAUAAAUUGCAGUCGUUAGGUGGUAAAUAUAUCUGCAUUGUUUUUAACAUUCUCCCACAUAAGAGAAGAAGUCUAGUGUCAUUACAAGGGGAUGAGAGGAUUUCCACUGUUCCUUUCCUUUAUCAUUUCUCUAGCUUGCCUUACCCUGCUUUCUAUGCCUCCUGAAUUCCUAUGUAAAUCAGGAGAAUUUCUGAAAGAAUUCCAGAACUGGAGCAUGUGCUGUUUCAACAAGCAGCAGGUGGUCUCCCAACACACACAUUAGAAGGGGUGACUCAUUACAAUGUUUAAAAAAUUACUUCUUUCCCCAUAAGAUUUAAGGAGACUCUUUGCUGUGCUCCAUGUAUAGGAGCCUUAAAGGUAAAGGUAAAGGUAAAGGACCCCUGACAGUUAAGUCCAGUUGCAGACGACUCUGGGGUUGUGGCGCUCAUCUCGCUUUACAGGCCAAGGGAGCAGACAUUUGUCUGCAGACAGCUUUCCGGGUCAUGUGGCCAGCAUGACUAAGCCGCUUCUGGUGCAACAGAACACCGAAACCAGAGCAGUGCACAGAAACACCGUUUACCUUCCCGUCGGAGUGGUACCUAUUUAUCUACUAGCACUUUUUGGUGUGCUUUCGAACUGCUAGGUUGGGAAGAGCUGGGACCGAGCAACGGGAGCUCACCCCGUCGUGGGGAUUCAAACCACCGACCUUCUGAUCAGCAAUCCUAAGAGGCUCAGUGGUUUAGACCACAGCACUACCCACAUCCUAACAGGAGCCUUAUGUAUGCACAAAAGACAUGGUCUCUUUUGCUGAUGGCACCCUAAUCAAGAAAUGCCCUCCCCCCCCAAAAAAAAGCAAUAUUUGGGGCAGACACUAUUUUUUCAGCACCCAGUCAAAACCUGGGUGUUUUAGAUUAUAAUCUAUAACACCCAGAUUAGUACAACCAGGUGUUUUAGGUUAUAAUAAUUAUUUUAUUAUUUAUACCCUGCCCAUAUGGCUGGCUUGCCCCAGAUUGUAGUAUUUUCAACUGGUUGAGGGGUUUUGUUCCUCUUCGUUUUAUUGCAUUGUUGUUUUGUAUUUAGAAUGCGUUUGUAAUUUUGAACUCAUUCAUAUUCAGCCCUGAGAUCUAUUUGUAAAGGUUGGUUUAUACAGUUAAAUAAAGAGGGUUCAUUUAAAAAUAUCAAGAGAAUAAAGAUGUCUUAACCUGGUGCUUAAAACAACAAUGCAGGCAUCAGAUGAAUUUCCCUGGGGAGGCAAUUCUCUAAAUAUUGAAAAAGCUCAUUUGAUGUCCUCCUGUACAUUGGCAAAGUACUGCACAAAAAGAAUCCUGUUGGGAGUGAAGAUUUGAUCCCACUUAUUGCUUUUCUUCCGUGUGCCUGCCAAUGCACACAUGCUCAUCGAUAGCGUAGACAUAUAGAGUUUUCCCAGAAUGCACAUAGAACUUCACAUGCUUCAUAUAAAUAAUACGUAGAAGCAAUUGCUGAGAGAUAAGAAUUGGUAAGUAGCUUCUGCUCAUCUAAAUCUGAUGAACCUCAGUAGUCUAGCACUGUAGCAUAGAAACUAGAAUGAUUGUUGCCAUUAUUAGUUUAUACAAAGCUUUGACAGCCUAGUCCCAAGCAGGCUUCCUUGCCUCCAUGUUGCUGUGCAGCCUGGAUGUACAGUGGGCUUGCUUGCAUGUUUGUUAGCUUUUGCCUUCCCAGUAAUGCAUCCACUGCUGAAAUCAUGGCCAACAUUCACCCCUUCUCAUCUCAUUAGAAACAAUCAUGUGCUAGCUUAGAGUGAAACACCUAUUUGGUAAUGUUAAGCAUAAUGUUCUUUAGUCCAGAAAAGAGUGGCUAUGCCAGCAGUAAGCAUCUUGUUUUGGCCUUUGCCAAACCCAAGCUUACUCCAGAACCUGCAAUUUACAGGAAAAGUCCCACUAAGGACUCUUUAUGUUGGAAUUCUGCCUGGGUCACAGGAAUGUGCCACAGCGUAGGCACCGGCAGAUAUUCCUGUCGACCUCCCCGCGUCUCCACUCUGCUGAUAAGCAGGCGAGGUCCGGCGAUUCUUCUCAGAUGUAUGAGAGGAACACACCGUUCUUCCUCUCUCCCCUUUGGUGUCCCCAGGGAGGGAAAGAAGCAGACAGAAAACUAUUUACAUCAUUUAUUUCUGCCUCUUACAUCAGUACAGAGAAUCAUGUCUGCACUCAACAACAGCAAGACGAAACUCCUCCCAAGUACAUCCAGUACGGGUCAAAUGACACACACACACUGAGCUAACAUCCGGUGCUCAGUACAGAAUGGACUGCCCCUUUGUUCCCAUGGCAACAGUCACAAACAUCCUGUCUGGCUUUCCAGCCACAAGCAGCUGGCUGAGCUGCUAGAGCCUUUGCUUGCUGCAGCAUUGGUGCUUUAUGGUAACAUACUCCCCUAAAGUAUCAAUGUGUGCCGCGAGCAAAGCGUCAUCCAGAGAAGAAAACAAACAGUUGUUAUAUUUAUAACAUUCCCUGUUGUGUCAGUUCCACCCUUGGAACUACCCGCCACUGGUUUAACCAAUGUACCUCUCUGGUUGUGUGACUUCGCAUUACCUCGGUUAACAACUCUCUGUUGUGCCUUUGUCUCUGACUCAGACACAGCUUCAAUCUGUCCUUGGUCGUUUACAAUAGCAACAUAUGCAAGGUUAGCAAACUCCUUUGAAUACCUCUUGGGUGGUACACCCUUCGUUGCUCUCUCAGACCUGCGUAUGAGGUUCUGAUCCUCUGUGCUCACUGGUUCAACCUUUGGACUCUGUUGAGAACCAGUAGCAAUCAGUGGUUCAUCCUUCACUUCUGAGGGUCUAGUCAUUAUGUGAGAUUUCCUCUCAAUGACUGUGACAACUGAGCUGUCUGAGCUAUCGCUGUCAUCAUCAGUACUACUGAACUCAAUAAGAUCAAACUCAUCAUCAUCAUCAUCAGAAUCGUUUCCUGUGGGAAAUGUCUGUACUAUCCGCUCUUGCUUUGGAGCACUCUCUAGGAACUUUGUGAGAAUCACCUGACCAGAUUCAGACAAAAUUACUCUGUAGAGACCUUUUCAUAACCCACAAAAAUGCCUCUGGCAUUCUUUACACCACCUGGAGCUUCUGUUCUCACAUGAGACCCGAAAACCUUAAAAUAGGCAACAGAAGGUUUUCUAUUGAACAGCUUCUCAAAAGGAGAACAUCCCAACUCUGUUGAGACUUUUCUCAACCACACAUGAAGAUAGGACGCUAGCGAUUCGGCCCAAUAUUCAUGUGGCAAAUGUGAACUCAGCAAUUGCGCAUUCAUCCCCUUUUGCAAUUCUUUGUUCACUUUUACACAGACCCCCCUGUUCCACGCUUCUUGCGAAACUGCCACUUUGUGGUCUAUCCCUUUUCCAUCCAGGAACUUCUGAAACUUCUGUAACAGAAAAAUUUGCUUCUCAUCUGUGAAAAGACAAUCAAUGUUAGCAUCAUGCAUACUUUUAACCUUGUCACAAAACUCCUGAAACUUUUCUAAAGUUUCUUGCGGUUUCUCCAUCAUAUAAACCCAAGAAUAAUUAGUGAAACAAUCCACACACACAAGGUAAAAUCGUGCACCGCCUCUAGAUGGUUCUAGAGGACCAAUCACAUCAGCAUACACCCGCUGAAAUGCUCUGUCGACCUUCUUGGUCUUAGUCACCUUCCUGGUGCUCACACUGGUCAUGGUCGCCCCUGCAAGAGAGAUUUCGUUAGAAACAGAAGAAUUACAUUUCAUGUAAUCACUUUGAUCAAAAGUCAACAAAUACAGUCCAUCUUUCUCUUUGGCAGUAAGAAACAGUUCUCCAUCUUUGUAGAUCUUGCAGCUUUUAGCAUCAUAGGACAGUUUCAGUCCUUUCUUUGCAAUCUGCGACACGCUCAGCAGAUUAAAUCUCAGUUCUGGAACCAGGUAAACAUCACUUAUAGUCAAGUUCAGACUCUCAAGAUACACAGUCCCAAUUCCAGUUGCUUCCAACUCCUGACCGUUGGCCUGUUUCACAGUGAAGCUUUGCUUCUUCAACGUCGAAAACAGUCCUCUGUGCGGGCACAUAUGAACCGUUGCGCCCGUGUCAAUUAUGAACGAGUUCCCAACAUCUGGCGUGGUUCCUUUCGCCAUCAUAGCCUUUGCAGGUUUCACCUGGCACUUGGUACGGCUUUUGCCUGACGCCUGAGGCUUCGUAGAGCUGCUCUUUGCUCCUCUUGACUGGCGCGGCUUCUUACAGUUUCGCUGUAGAUGCCCAGUCUGUCCACAAUUGUAGCAUCGGACAGCACUCAAUGCUACACCAUGCUCUCCAGUAGCAUCAGCAGUGGGGGAAUUAGAACUCUGUUCUUCCCUCCCCCUGUCUUUUCUUCCAGUGCAGCAAGUCUGUCGUGUUCAUUCAGGACCACAGCACAAACUCUCUCCGCGGUCAGCUGCGCGGCCGGUAGGGAACCAAGCUGACUGGCAACAACCUUGUAGGUGCGGCUAAGGCUGUUUAUCAUCAUGAAGCAAAACACUUCCUCCUGAAGACGAAAAUUGCGUUCCACCAUCUGUUGACGCAGAAACUUCAUUUCUGUCAGGUGCGCUUGAACAUCUCCAUCAGGCGCAAGUCUCAGAUUGGUCAAUUUCUCAAAAUACAGCAACGCUGAAGAACCAGCAUCUCUCUGAUGCGUUGUACGCAGCGUGUCCCAUACCUCUUUCGCAUUUUCUAAAUGCUGAACAUGCACCAACUGAUCAUCUGAGACACACAGAAUUAUAGCAGUCCUGGCCCUUACAUUCUGUGACUCCCAACCUCUGGUUGGUGCUGCAGGGAUGGGGUUUUCAAUUACAUCAAAAGCCUCUGAUUCUGCAGCAGGGCCUUCAUCUUUACAGACCAAGAUGAAUAAUUGUCAUUGGUUAAGGGAGGUGGGCAAGGCAAACCUCCCCUUUCUUGGCAUCCAUCUUGAAGCCAAGCCUCCAGCUCACAAUGUCAAACAAACUGUAAAAUCCAACAGCUGUUUUUUUCUUUUCUCACGCAGCAAACUGCAAAUUGUUUACGCUCUUUGCACCUGGCAGCUAAACGCAGGCUGCUAUUGAAAAGUCCCUUCCAAGAGCUCGUAAACCUUGUAGCCAAAACAUUCUUUGAUUUUGUUUCGCUUUCCCAGGCUUACAUUCAGAGUCCAGCCCCUUCGCCAGUAACUUUCCAGGACCGUUACCUAGCAACAAUGCAUUUCAAUAGGACUUCUUAUCUACCACAAAAAUUUGUGGAAUGCAGGCUUCAGCCUUCAAGCUGCAGGCCUCUUCCUCUCGGAGCUUUUGUUUUCUUUGAAACGCAGCUCCGUGAACCAGGGAAUUAAUCUUCCUGCGUUCACACUUUUAGCCCGAAAUGCAGCAUACCUUGAACUUUGUUGCUCUGGAAAACACCUCUUCUUUCCAUCAGCUGUCUGUGGAGCCUCUGGCUUCUUUCAGACGCUUUUCUCUUCCUCCUUGGAGCAGAGGAGGACAAUCCACCAGCCUCUCAUGCAGAUGUCCGAUGAAUCGCAACCAUCCGAAGGCUGCCACUGUUGGAAUUCUGCCUGGGUCAGAGGAAUGUGCCACAGCGUAGGCACCGGCAGAUAUUCCUGUCGACCUCCCCGCGUCUCCACUCUGCUGAUAAGCAGGCGAGGUCCGGCGAUUCUUCUCAGAUGUAUGAGAGGAACACACCGUUCUUCCUCUCUCCCCUUUGGUGUCCCCAGGGAGGGAAAGAAGCAGACAGAAAACUAUUUACAUCAUUUAUUUCUGCCUCUUACAUCAGUACAGAGAAUCAUGUCUGCACUCAACAACAGCAAGACGAAACUCCUCCCAAGUACAUCCAGUACGGGUCAAAUGACACACACACACUGAGCUAACAUCCGGUGCUCAGUACAGAAUGGACUGCCCCUUUGUUCCCAUGGCAACAGUCACAAACAUCCUGUCUGGCUUUCCAGCCACAAGCAGCUGGCUGAGCUGCUAGAGCCUUUGCUUGCUGCAGCAUUGGUGCUUUAUGGUAACACUUUAGAUCAUAAAAGACAUGAUAGUGUUCCAAAACUCUACACUUCACAUUGGUAUUUAUUCCAAUCAUGGCUUUCAUGUGUUGUAGCUGUUCUGCUUUUAUAAGGAUUAAUUAACGAGUCUGGUAUUUUUAUAAGGGGCUGAUAUCACAGACGUACAUGUGUUUGGUAAAGGGAAGCUUCAGUGUCUUCAAACUAUGGAAGUACUAUGGGAUCCUAAACCAUUGUUGCGAAGCAGCUUGCUCCAACUUCUUUGGGAUUUUUCCACAUGAGCCUGAACGUUAAGACGCCCAUGGAGAACUGGCUGUUCCUUCUCCUUUUUAUUUCCCCCCCUGGAACUGUGGUUUCGACAUUUUCUACAACAGCCAUUCGGUGUUUACUGCUGUUCCACUGGCCAUGGCUGGAGGAGUUAUGAGACAGGGUGAUGUCAUCAAGUAGAAUGUGGCAAAGGAGGAGGCCAAAAUAUCGCCUAAUCAACAUGUAUUGUUGUAAUGUUUAACUGGUCUGAACAGCUCCUACCUUAUGCCAAUGUUUCACACCUACUUUCCUUUACAAGGAGCCUGUGAAAAGUGACGUGAAGGGAAGAGAAAGAUUAUGAGAGGCCCUUAGGUGCAGCAGGCUUUUUUUGGAGUUAAGAGGAAAAGCCUCCACCAGAAAUGGUGCAAAUUAAGAAAACUUUCUUUUUGUGGCAACUUGUGGGAGGCUUGUCUUAUUAAUUAGCUCUGAUCAACAGAGAGUUAACUCAUCCAGUCUUAAGACAGAUGUAGGAGAAGAGAGUAGAGCUCCAAGCACAAUGCCUCAAUGCAUAUUGAGAUUUAAUGGCAGGAGACACAAAUUGCCCAGAAUGAAGAGUGCAGAGACAAACACUUCUAUAAAGGUUGCAUUUAAAUAUAACUUGAGGAUCUGUGUCAAUAUCACAACUACCAAGUGUGUGCAGGUGUAACCUAUGCACACAGUGAGAAAAUGUGUCCUGUCCGCUGCCAAGGGCCAAACAACCUCAGGUGUGUAUUUUGUGGUUUGAAAAUAAAAUCAUACAAAUGCCCCCCCUUUGAAGGUGAAAUAUGCAUGUCUGGACCCUAAUGAGUGUUUCCAUUUCCAGAUGCAUGAUGUGGCCAACAUUGCCCUCUGCAAGACUUGUGAGGACACUAUCAUGCUGCAAAACACACAUCAGCCACAGUCCUAUUACCUGGAAUUACUCGUUGAAUUCAAUAGCACUUAUGUCUCAGUAGACACAUAAAGGAUUUCCACUGACUGUCAUAUAUGAACUCGGAGACAUAUGGAAUUGUAGUAAUUUGAGAACUACUCCUAAGAACAUAAAAAGAACUCUGCUGGAUUAAACCAGAGGUUUAUCUAAUCCAGCAUUCUGUUCUCACAGUGGCACUCUGGCUCCCCAUGGGAAGCCUACAGGUAGGACAUGAGUUCAAUAGCAACCUCCUGUUUGUGAACCCCAGCAACUAGUAUUCCAAGUCAUACCACCUCUGAGAGCCAGUGUGGUGUAGUGGUUUGAAUGCUGGACUAGGACCUGGGAGACCAGAGUUCAAAUCCCACUAAACUCGCUGAGUGACUUGAGCCAGACAUAGUCUCUCACUGCGCAGCUAAAAGUCUUUGCAAUAGAAGAUCUGUUUAGUUGGGUACCAACCCAUCACUACAAUUUACGCUAGCAAAUUCCAUAGUUUAGCUAUGUGUGUAGAAGUACAUGCUUUUGUAUUGCCUAGCUUUAUUGGAUGACCUCAGAUUCCAGUAUUAUGAGCUAGGGCUCUUCAGAGCUAUUUUAAAUUUUCCUCCAUGGAACUCACAUUGAUGUAGGAAAUGGCAUGAAAGCUGUGUGUGGAUUGCCAUGUUCCUUCAUGAAAUUCAUUGUAUGUACCCAAGGUAUGUACACCAUUGCAUGUACACUGUCAAACAACCUCUCCCACUCAACUUAUACAAUCAAAAUGGCACACGUUAAGUUUUCAAACCAUUUUUGACCACUAUACUUCCAAAGUGAAUUUUCGAGGAUUCGGGAUUCCAAAACCUCCUGAGUCAUCCAGUUUUCUACUUCAGAAGGAAUGCCUUUCUACAUCUGCUCUAACAACAUGGCUCCCCAAUUUGAGCUGCUUCCAGUUUUGUUGAAUUUCUCCCCCCUGUCUUGCUUAGUGAUCCCAGUUUUUCUGCAUCUGACUCCCCUUUAUGCCAUAACAGUACACCAAGUACUUUCUUUCAUAAUGAGUUAAAAUAACCAUUACCUCUGGUCAGGUUGAGACAAGCAUAAAGACUAUGUCUAUGGCAUAGUCAUUUACACUACCCCAAUUACUGGUGCUUAUGUGAGCCAACAAUAUGCAUUUAUAGGGUGUUAACAUGUUGGUUAGAUUUGAUUGUGCAAAAGUGUUUGGUUCUCCACUAGCAUGCGUUUUGGUUUUUGAAAAACAAACGAGAACAUAGACAUGAUAUACUAAAACUAUAAAACUCUUUUUUUUAAAGACAGAUGAGAAAUAAUGGUUGUUUGUUAUAACUUAUAUAGUGCUUGAGAAGUAUUGCUGUACAGUGGUACCUCGGGUUAAGUACUUAAUUCGUUCCGGAGGUCCGUACUUAACCUGAAACGGUUCUUAACCUGAAGCACCACUUUAGCUAAUGGGGCCUCCUGCUGCUGCCACGCCACUGGAGCACGAUUUCUGUUCUCAUCCUGAAGCAAAGUUCUUAACCUGAAGCACUAUUUCUGGGUUAGCGGAGUCUGUAACUUAAAGCGUAUGUGACCUGAAGCGUAUGUAACCCGAGGUACCACUGUAUUGGCGUAGAUUAGCCAGAGGUCUGAGUCUAAAAUAGUGAAAUGUUCUCAUUUUUAUGCAUAGCUCAAUCAUACAAGCUUUGGAUUUUAAAGAACCACAGUUGUGAGCUCAUGUAGUUUGGGAGAUCUGUCUGAACCAAGUGCAUUUUGAUUUCCUCCACAUUCCUAUGGCUGCUUUUAUACCAAUCCACCUGGUCUAGUGCUAGAAACAAGAGUUUAAAUUAUUUGCCUUUUUCUCAACUGCCUAACCAUACUGAUGUUAAGUAUGCUUCAAAUUAUAGUUAUAGAGGCAGGUGCAUUGCCAGCAACUGAACAGUGAGGCUUCUCUUCAAUGGAGCAGACUGUAAAGAAGAGAGGCAAGAAAUAUCAAUUUUAUUCUGUUCUGCUUUAAGAGAAAUGCAUUGCCUUUGAGAAGUCAAUCCUGUAGCAUUUGGCAUUGCCUGCUAUACCACCUGCCUUUCUGUUUGUUUCUCUCUCUCGCUCACUCACUCUCUCUGUGUGCAACCAGAACAUUAAACAAGAACCAGCUUGCUUGACCUAAUUAGGCUUAUAAAAUGGAAGGACGCCAUUCUGCAUCUCAUUAUAGCCUUCAUAGUACAGAAGAUAAAAGACAGAUGAAGGAAACUUUCUUAAACCAAUUGUUUAUGUUCUCAAAAAAGUGUAGAUAACUUCUAUCUGGAGGGAUUUCAAGGCCCCAAGAGGCUAUGAAAAUGAAUUGUUUUCAAUAUAAGCAACUCACAUCUUUGCGGGCCCAUGCUCAGCAGGCUGGGGGCCACUGGGGGGGGUGUAGAAGCAGCAAAAUGGCUUGGAAUCAAAAUGGCCACAGCUUUAUUGAUUACAGAUAUAAUCAAUCUGUAAUCAAUUUGGCAUAGGCAUUGGGUAUGUAUCCUGAAUGAGCCAACCUGGUUGCUGGCUGAUAACUCCUUUAGGAUCGAUCCUAGUUUAGGAUCACCCCGAGAUGCAAAUCAAAUAGGGCGAUCCCUCCAGGUUACCAUUUUGGGGUGUUCUCUGGCCCAUUAGACCUAGUCUUACCAAAUGCAUCAGUUCCAUUUUGGAGACUUGGCUAGGUAAUCUGGAAUGCCAAUUCUGUGAGGGCAUUCAGGUAAUAUUUUCAGAAGCAUCCCUGGGGAUAUAACAUCCCAGCUCACAGGACUGAAUAUCAAAGUUCCACUAUGAGGGCACAUUCAUAAUGUUUCUAAGCCACAGUAAUGGACUGGGCCUUUUCAUACAGUGAAAGAGAGAUUAUCCAUGUCAUGACAUGAUAAGAACACAGGAAGCUUCUUUACACUGAGCCAGAGCACUAGUCCUUCCAGCUCAGUAUUAUUUACACUGAUUGCAAGUGGCUCUCCAGGGUUUCAGAUAGGAGACAUUUGCAUCCAACAUGCAAGGCAGAUGCUCUACCACUGAGCUACAGACCUCCCUGUGUUUUUGCACAGCAGAAGAACAUCUAGCCAGAAAGCAGCAAUAACAGUAAUAACAGUGACAACCAUUUCUCAUCUGUAGUUCCUUUUAGGAAACAAUUUUCAGGAUCACUGAAGAAGCAUUUGUUUGUUUCAUUCCUUAUAAUCUCUUAAUUGUGAGCGGGUUUAUUUUAAUAUAUUUUAAACAAUUAUAUAAAAGGCAUUCAGAUCCAUCUCGGGUGCAAUUAGAAAUGCAAACAGAACCCAGAAAAUCUUCAUUAGGAAAUCAUGGGAUGUUGGCAAAAUCUUAUGCCUUUUAAGGCAUAAAGAAAAAUUGUAUGCAGUAUUUAACAAUAAAAAGCAAUGCAUAUGUUAUACCCACACACAAUAUUAUAAUGUUUGCUGCAACUAUAUCAUCAUCAUCGUCGUCUGUGAUCUGUGCUGUAUUAUACCACUUUGAAUUACAGAACUGAUCUUAACAGGUUGGAAAGCUUUAUAUAGUAUGGUGUAAUUGAUUUCGAAUACUUAAAUGAAUUUUCAAUGCACAUGGUAUCCAAACUAUAUAGAUGUCCUAAUAUUUCUUUGAUAAAUGCAUUCACCACUACCUGAGAAACUAGUGAACUAUGAAUAAAUGUCACAGUUUCCAGAGCUGCCCCUCGCCCCUUUUUUAAUUGGACCACAUAUUGGAGGUCAACACAUUUCACAUAAUUAGCUCUCAAAUAAAUGAUUUGGAGGUUUUCCUCUGAAGAAAUUUGCCGUAUGUCCUCCUUAAUUUAGCUUUUGACAGGCAGGUGAAGAAACAGUGUUUUGUGCAUAAUUUCAGGGGUACAGGACCACACUCCUUACAUUUCCAUCCAUAAACAUCUUACCUCAUUUCUGGUGUGUGAUGACACAAGUCUAUACCAAAUGUUAUGCGGUGCUGUGUGGCUACCCGUUCAGGCAAAUGAAAGGUGCCCUUCAUAACCAAAAGCUCUGGACUUUAUAGUGGUCCAUUCGCUCACCUUUUAAGAGAUUUCAGAGAGAACACUCAAGUCAUUGUUCAGACGUAUUUGCAGAAGGAGAAGAAAAAAAAGAGACCAGGUUAAAGUUGGAUUGGUUUUCCCCCUAAAGUUUGAAGGACUGCUGCAGAUUUGCAAGACAGCUUAACGGUGGCAAUUAAACACUUUCUGGGGGCACCUGUUUUUCCACAUGGGUGUGUGGUCAGCGCCCACCACCUUCGUUUGCAUGCCAAAAAUGGGUCAAAGAAGUUUGCAAGGUAAUGCAAUUAAUUAACUUAUGUCUCAUUUUCAUGUCCAGCCAUAUGGCAAAAUUAUCCCUCAGAGUGACUUACCAUAUACAGUAUAUAGCAAGUUGCUCUGAGGGAUCAUUUUGGUUCAUAUAUAUGAACCAUAUAUAUAAUCAUUGCUUAAAAAAAGAACUAUAGGAAAAUCAGAAUAAAACAUAAACUAGUAAAGUUUGUGGUCAGAAGAGAAAAUAAUAUGAAUUUAUAAUGGAUAUACCGACUCAUUAUACUACCGACUGACUUAUUUUGUAUGAUAUUUUGCCUAAUAUAAGCAUUUUUGCAAGCAAUGUUCCUGAACGGAAUGCAUUUUUAUACUUUAUUUUCAGGCACAUAGACAUUUUUGUAUUCUUUGGUGGGAGAACAGUAUUGCAAAAUUCAGAGAAGUACAGAUUUCAGGGGGGGAGUUUGUUUCAGUUUGUGUAUUGCUUCAGAACAUGUGGAUCUGGAAGGUUUGGAUUAAAAUACAAGCCAAACCAAUUUCUCAUCCAUUCCUGGUAGCAGGCACCUAUUAAUAAGAAUAACUUUAAAAUAUAGGGUAAAUGGAAACUCCGUGAGACAGUGCAUUGUGAUUUGCACUCAUGGGCUUGUGUUGUUGUUGUUACUGAAACAAUAAUCAAUAAUUGGUUAAAUCAGUUGUUGCUUUAAGAUCACAACAAAAGACUUUUUAUGAAGGCAGAUAAUAACUUCAGCAUACAUUGGUUUUAUUUGUUCUUGUUGCUGGACAAGUCAUUCAGAACUUGGUUUACUGGGGGAUGACAAGUCUUACACAAAAGUUCUUUUCAGUCAGUGCAAUGAAAAUAGACUAAAGCUGUCCACAAAAGGCAUGCUGAUUGACACAGCAAUGAAGGCCUACUGUAAGGAACAAGCCUUGAAAGAUGCAGCUUCAGAUUCUACAAAUGGCCACCCAACUCCAGCUACACCUUGAAGACACACACAUUGUUUAUUUUUGUCUGGGAUUUGCACUAUGAUUGAUGCAUGCUCAGAACAGAAGGUCUGUAUUAUUGACUGAGCAAAGAAAACAGUGCAAGGCAUUAAGAACAUCUGAAGCUGAAAGCAAGGAUUAGUUAGCUAACUAACAAGGAAGGCCUAUCUUCUGAAUACAUUUUCAGACCAGGCUCGGAAAAAAAUCAGGCGUCCUAUGGAUGGCCCAAACCUGAGACCUCAGUCAAAUGACUGCAUUUGUUUUUCCAGCUUGGGUAUGGGCAAUCCUCAAAUCCUUUGUAUCGUUUUUGUGUGUGACAGCACACAAUGUAUGAUAUUAUUUAUAUGGAGGGGUACUUCCUAAUCCACCUCUCAUCAUUCUCAUCAGCUUGGGGGUUGGAGAGGGAAGCAUCCCUUGUGAUUCCAGACACUGGACAGCGGUGGAGGCAUGCAGCUAACGACAGCUCCCUCGGCACACCUCCAGGUGCCCACGUAUCAGUUACUCUUCCAGUCAGUCGAUUAAAGCCAGGGUGAGUUCACCCUCAGGGGAAACUGGGAUAUAUACUCCCUUUUGUCUGAACUUCUUAUGAUACCUGCCCAGAUUGAUUUUACCAAUCCUGUUUGUUGCAGUUCCUUGAGUUUGGUAAUUUAAUAAAGCUCUGGCUUUUCAUGUCUUCCUUCCUGGGUGUGGGGCAAUCUGAUACUCCCUGCUCUAAACAAUAGAGCUGUUUAGAAUGCUGAAACUUACGACAAAAAGGGUGGGGAAAUUGUGACGUACUCUGUAGAGAAACACUUGGCAAAGUGCAGGAAAUUUAUGAAGAAUUUAGAAGGGAAAAUGGAAUCUGGGAAGCCACUGUAAUUAAUGCACAGAAUAAUUUUGGAAUUGACUUAGUAGAUGCUGACUUGUCUUAAUCAGCCCAACCCUUACAAUGAAUAUUAUGCCAUACAUGAUGCAUGCAUGUUUACAAAAGAAUGAGAACUUUUCCAAAGCUAUUUACUGAGUUUCUGGAAUGGUUGAGCUGUUCAGUGAAAGCGCAUGCAUACACACAAACCAUGGCAUAUGGGACUAGUGUUGACAGCAAACCCCCUUAGCUUUUGCUGAUGACCAAUAUUUGAUAUUUCCUAAUGAUACUAUGGAAUUAGAGAGUGAAAAGGAAUAGCCAGAGCAAAAUCAUGUGGAAUUGGACAGGAAAUUAGUAUCUCAAAAAUGAAAUGGAUGUAUAAUUAAGAAUCCCCAGGAUGCUCUGUAAAAAAAUCAGUGAAGAAAUGGAAGAAUCUAAGGGUUACACAUACAUUAAUCAACAAAUGACUAAACCAACAUUUUAUGAUGUGAAUGCAGUGUAAGUAGGCCAACUUUAGCAGGAUAAAAUUAUCAUUAGUUGAGGGAUUGCUAUUAAAGAGUAGAAGAUGACUCACCACUUAUCCAAUAUGGCUACUGUUAUCUACAUCAAAUAAUAUGAUGGGGAACCUGUGGCCUAUUCGAUGUUGUUGGAAGGGAGCCUGUGAGCCUGCAUGGGAUGAUAUUUGUAGCCCAACAACAUCUGAAAGGCCACAAGUUCCCCAUCACCGGUGUAAAGUGCUGGCCAACAACAUUAUGUAUGCAUGCACUUAGCCGCUACACUACUGCAGGUCAAAACUGCUCAGGCCACUGGAAACAGGAAUGCUUUUUAUAUGGGAAUGGGGCUAGUCAGAAAUUCUUGAGAUCCAGACCAUGACUCUGAAUGAAGAUGAAAUUCCAGUACCCAUGAUCCAAAGGUCAAGGGCUCCAUUAAAUGUAAUCUAGCCCAUAUUUUAACCAAGGCCAAUCUCUAGAUAUAGAUUCAAAACAAAACACUCUCUCCCUGCAUUGUGCUGCUCUACACCUUUUGCCUCAAGGCAACGAGUUAUCUAGUCUGACUUUCGUAAUAUUUUGGCAUUGUCCUCCCACAAGCUGAUUUAGUACUUGGAGACGUUAAUAAUUAAACUGUUGGUUCUAUAUUAACUGAGGCCCUUGGCUUGGUCUUUCGGCUUUAUUAAAUGCCUCCUUCUUUGAACAGCCACAUAAAAGUGAUAUAUGGCCUCUCUUUACAAGCCAGCCACCUAGUAGCAUUAUGCUUUAUAUUACUUUGGCAACGCAAAACCCUCCCUGGUUAAAUAUAGAAGCAUAACACAGAUAAGACUAAGUAAGAUGGCUUCUAUGAAAUCACCCAGCCUGGACUCUGUUAAGAUAAGCAGGCUGAGGGAAUAAGGGGGAAAGAAUGUCGUGCCAAACAGUUCUGUCUUCCCCACCUUAUGAAGAACAGAAUAGGAAACAUGAAAACAAAUGGAGCUGAGGCCAAAGAUAUAAGUGGUCAGGUCUAGUCAUGAUAACACAACGAGAAGCUGUUGGCAUUCGCUGGAGAAGUUUAAUGGGGCUGUGAACUGUUACCUUGGCAUGGGCUGUACUUUUAAAGACUCUUCUGUCAAGAAAUGAAGCAAUUGCACUCUCUCUGUCUCUUUCACUUUUAUAAUGUAUCCCUGGAAGAUUCUUUUCAAAGAAAACUAGCUGGAAAUUUGCAUGAUGGCUUUGGGAAGCUAUCAUAUAUUUCUGGUAUAUGUGUGUGUUGCAUGAAAUAAAUGUUUAAAGUUAGUUGGAGACUGGGGUGGGAAAUAAUAUCUCAGUGCCAUUAUUACUAUAUCUUAUGGUGAAAUCUUAUGGUGAAGAGCAGAUAAAAAAUGAAUAUACAGCAUAUACAGAAACAUAAUAAAACAUCAAACAUAAAAAAAAAUUCCCUCUACAUCUUCAUCAUCUUGGGGAAACGUAUGGGCUUUUUUGCAAACUCAUUUUUGUACAGCCAUAUAUCAUGGGACUCAGUAAACUAGAGAUGUGCCAGUGUUUGUAUGAGCAAAGUUAAAUAAAAAGCAGCCUUUUAAAAUAUUUUUUAUCAACAGCUUUCAGUUCUUUUUUUCUUUCUUCGUUUUUCAAGUGAUUAUCAAUCAGGAGGAUGUCCUAUAGAUUUCAUGGAUCCUCUUCCUGCCAAACAGGAAGGACAUUUUAGCCACCACAUCAUAUUGUUGCUGGCCUGCUUUAAUUCAGCCGGUACAAAUUUCCCCAUUGAAAAAUAAUGCUAUUUAGCCAAUUAUGUCAGCAUGAAUUGUACAGAAAGGACAGAAAAUUAUGUCUGACUUUCUCUAAGAAGUCUCUUCUAUUGGACAUUGUAGCCGCCAAGUGAAAAAAGCCAGCUCGAAGACUGAGUGAUAUGAAUUCAGUGUUUAGAAAGAGAGAGAUAUCGCCCCCUCCCUUUCCUGUGCCAUUUUGACAUUACCUAAGAUUAAAACAUUAAGUACUUCUUUAACUAAUAUAACUCUGAGAUGUUGUGAAACAAUACUCAAGGUCUGGGGUGAUAUAAGAACUGUGAGGAUCCAUAUAAAAUGAAGAGAAUACACCAGCAUUUGUGAAUUGGGCGAGUGUUUUUACAAUUGUGUGAUACUUGAGCACAAUUUGAUAAUCAGUAUGUGGUCUGUGUACAAGGGAAAUGAUGCUGCUGUUGAAAAGUUAUUGCAAACUUCUUUAAACAUCUAACACACAUUCUACUAAUCCAAUCCUCUACUUUGCACCUAGAUGCCCACCUACAAUUCCAUCCGACCCUCAAUGGACACAUGGCACAACCAUUUUCCAUUUUGUAAGUUUUUGAACUAUUUGAAAAUGCAGUACCUGCUUUCCCUGUUUGAACUGCGUUUCGUACAGCCCUACCUGAUUUCUAAUGCCUUAAUAAUCUUCACUGUCAUCUUUUUUUUAUUUCUCAACAUUACUGCACUCUAAGCAAGUUCUUAUUAGUGCUUCAUUGAGCCAGAACCAUUGCUUCCCAGAUUUUACAUACAUUUCUGCAAGGACAACCUAAAGAUUGCCUUAAUUCUUUUUGUUCUGCAUUACCACAUCACCAGUUUUCUCUAUAACUCCUGAAUAUUACUGGUGUUCAGUGGUAAGUACUGUUCAUUAUAUUGUCAAAACAACAACAUAUCUGAAAAGCUCUGAACAUUAUGUAUUGAUCAGUGGUUCGAGACCAGUUCUCCAUUUGAUCUUCUUUGAGGAUCUAGAACACAUUAGCAGUUCCCAGUUAUUUGAUCCCCUGCUGCAGGGGAAUUUCAGGGAUUUUUUAAAUGGAAAAUAUGUUUAUUUGACUAGAGAAGUUAAGGUUCAACAAAUAAUAAUUACACCUCCUUUUUUUUACUUACUAAGAAAAAAAGUUCACCCAGCUUUCCCAAAGGUAAAAAAGAGACUGUUUCAUAGCUAAUUAAGAAGCGAACCACACUGUGAGUCUUCUUAGUUUCAUAAUUAUAAAUUGUGACCUCCAUGAUUGCUUCUGUGUUUCUGUAUGUAUUUGGGGAGGAGAAUGGGGGAAAGGAGAUCAGAGUUUUAUCAUAAACGGUUGUAAUGGGAUUCAAACUGAAUGCAUUCUUGGGAAAGAAAAUCUAUUUAUAAAAUCUAUAAACCAGGUCACAUUCCUGAAAUGGAUCAUAAUGAUUCAAAAUAAGUAGUUCACCCUUGGCAUAUUUUUUUUCACUUCUUUGAAGUGCUUCAACAAUUCUUCAAAGUGAAAAAUUAUUAACUGCAACCCAAAAUAAAUGUUCAUCUGUUAAGAUCAUCCCUGAAUCUGUGAUGUAUUUGACAUAAAAUAUCUUCAUACGAGUCCAAUAUACACAUACAAAAAGCAGCAAGAUAAUAUUAGAAACAACUCACUGUUAGGAUAAUGAUUUACCAAAUAGAAUCCUUGCUGUCCAUCAAUAUUAAAAUAAAUAGCUCUGAAUUGUUCUUGGCUUUAGAACAAUACAGGAUCGAAUAGUGGCAAACAUAUUUCUGACACCACUGGAGACAGGAAAUGGAGUGCUUUUAGAAACCUCCAGAAAAGUUUUACAAACAAAUUCAGAGCAGGCAACCACCAUUGUUCUGAAUGAGUAAGGACCAGUCGGCACAUGGAAUAAAUCUUCCAUACAUUGAUCCCUUCAUAAUUAGGUUCCAUAUGUACAAAAGGAUGAAACGCAUGCACAGUUCAUUUGCCACGAUGGGACUACAUGCAUGGCACUGAUUGAACUGAUAGACAGAGUUAUCAGGUCUGACAGCACCAACCAUCGCUAUCAGCAUAUGUCUGGCAGGUGAGAACUCACAGAUUCUCGCCCUCUGCUGUGCUCAAAGAUCUUUGGAUCAGAGCCUAGGAAUUUAAGAACUCACUGUACAAAGGCAAGGCACACAACAUCGUUCAAAGCCUUUAGGAAUAAAGCGUGUUCUCCUUCAUGGAGAGCACGUGUUGCGGUGGGGGCUGACAGGACACUCCAAAGUUGUGGGGCGGGCUAAUUGAUCGCUGGCCACUGAUGCGAUUGGGCUUCCUUUGUUGUUGGGAAGAAGUUAAUGUUGCCAUUUGUUGACUGACAGCCAGAAAUGCUAAAACUCCUUGCACGGGGCUAGGGCUUCCUCUUUUCGCCCAUGCAUCGGAUUGCCCCCCCCCAUAUUUAGGGUUGUUUGCUUUGACCUUGCUAUGCCUGUCAUGGGGGGGUCUGCUCUUGGGGCAGGGGCCCGUUAGGAUUUUUGUCCAUCUGGCUGAUUGGCUGGGGCCAUUUGGUUUUUGCCUACUGCGUAGCAAAUCGUCACAACUUGUAAGGUUGCGGUUAGGCAUUGGUUUAUGGCUUGGUUGGUUGAGGGGCAUGGAUUGGCUGUGCCUGCCCCUCUAAUGCUGCUGCUACAAGGGAUUCCGUUAAAGGAAUCAGGGGCUAACUAUUGCUUUUGUCCACCCUAGCAAGGGGCUCGGGCCAUGCAAAUGACCCUGGUUGCAUUUGGGGAGGGCUGAGGGCAGAUUCCCUGCUCUGUCGCUACCCCCAAGUGUAUUCCCUUUUUCUGAGUUUCGCAGGCGUGUGGAAUGUCAGUCUGUCCCCAAUGGGGAGGCAGAUAGUCGCAACCAAUGCCUAAGCAACCACUCACAUUUUUGUAUUUUAAUAAAUUUGUGGCCAAAAUUAUGCCAAAAACCUUAAACAAAAAUUCCUGUGUGAUAUGUGAGUUAUUGGGGUGGCCCUGGGGACCUUGUCAUGCAACCAGUCCAUAUUGCAAGGGUCACUUCAAUCAGUCAAAGACCUUAAUUUCAGACCACAGUGUAAUCAAAGAACUUGUAAGGAACAACAGCCUUCUCCAUACAAACUGAACCUAACAAGCUUUAUGUUAAAGCAUAAUCUGUAGAAUUUUCCUAGAAAGCACAUUUCGCUACAGUUUGGGUAAAAUGUGAGUUUUGGUUCUGCCUUAUAAAUAAAAGAGCAGUCUUCCUAUGAGGUCAGGAAGUUUGAGCAGUCUCACUAUUUCCAAAAUGUACCUGCAUGUGGUUCAUAUCAAUCUGAUUUCAACCUCAAGUACAAGAACUGACCCAAACCUGUUCAGGUGUAAAGAAAUGGAAGAAUGCAAAGACCCAACAGAAAUUAUUGUUUAGGUCCCUCAAAGUAAUAAAACCCAAGAGACAUGCAUGAGACUGAAUCACUCAUUUGAAAACACCCAAAUCACUUAGACUUUUAGGGAUAAGACUUUGUCACGUGAAAUUUGCUUAGACAGAAUGUGUAUGCUGUGGGAUUCAAAGAAGUGAUUCUAGGCAUGCAUUUCUGCAACCCAGGCAAUGCCAUGUACCCUGCUGAAACUUUUGAUAAUAGUAUAUUGGAGGAAGGCAAUAUAGGAAGUUGCAUUACAGUGAUCUAACCUUGACUUACACUGUUUCUUCCAGCAGGCAUUCCUAGAAGCUCCAGUACUCUGGCUGGCUUCCAUAGAACUAACAAACCCAGCAGGGUCUUAUAUUUCCAAAUUACAGCAAGCACCGAGGUCAACAUCAAGCAAACAAAACUUGAUAUUUUAAAACUCCUAGAACUGCAGUUCCCACUUAGUUGCUUGCUAUUUCAUUUAUAUGUAUGAUAACAAGUGCGGCCCUUACUGGGAUUUGAUACUUUUGAACAGACCACCAACCCGUUUGAAGAAUCUUGCACUUAGGGAGAUAGAAACUUAGGUGAACAUCACUUUGAAAAAUAAUAGAUCCAGUUCCCAGGGUACCAGCAUACAAAUCACAUUGCAAAUGCAAUAAUAUUGUAUAGUUCCAACUAUACAAUGAGCUAGAAAGUUGGCUUUUCUGGGUAGCUCCACUGUCAGAUUCCUGUUCCUACAUAAAUGUACUUUGGCUUGAUAAUGGGAACUGAUUUUGCAAUAUGUGAAUGAUUUAUUUAUUUUUAAAAUGUGAAUGGCCCGUGUGAGAUUAGUGUUGCUUUUCAAAUAAUUAACCAUCUUGCAGAAUGUAACCAACAUCUGAUUAUGUGUUUCUCAGCUACUUAUAGCCCAAUGUGAGGCAUACAAGGCUCAUCUAUUCAUUCAGGCAUUUGCUGGCUAUUAAUACCAAGCUUUUGUGGUAACUUGAGAUAUAUGCUGAUGCAUUUUACUGUAUUCCAUUUUAAAGUGUAGAUUUUACUGAUUAUUUCAGUAAUUUUACGUACAUUGUGAACCAACUUGGUACCUUUAAUGAACGGCACCAAGCUGUUUCAAAUCAAUAAAUACAUAUGCCAUCAUCUUCCCCUCUCCUGCUGAACCCAAUGCAAUACUUUGGGGGAGAACUGUUCUGUUUCCAGUGCUUUCAAAUUUCAGUGGCACCCUGUGUAAUGCCAAAAUUCAGUGCCACUGCCACCCCGCUUCUCAGUCAAUAGUCUGCAGCGAGGUCACUGCAACUUCCAUUCAGCAAAAGGCAAAUGAUGGUUUGGCUAGAGAUUGUGGUAGAAGACAAAUGACAAGAUAAAAAAUUCAGUUUUGAUUGUCAGAUCCCAGCAGGAAAAAUAUGUCAAAAUGUUCUUCCAAGUACAAGUUUCCCUGUGCUCUUUUGGUUUAACUCAAAUGCCCACCUGUAUCUUCAUUCCCACUUCACUGCAGCCUAAAGGAAGCUUCACCUUCCUUUACAUCCUUUUGCCAUAUGAAAUCCCUGAGAAGUAACAUGGGCCGCUGGAAAUUAAAAUGGUCCAGUGCUACGGUGUAAGUCUUGCAAAGGAUGCUUCUGUUUUCCUCACAUUAGCCCAAGCUUCUGAGUGAUUUAAACAUUUGUUAGAAUUUUUUCCUGGAAUCCUAAAGUUUAAUUUGGAAGACUGUCAUGGAGAAAGGAUAGCAAUGAGUGCAUAACACAAAAAUUACAGUAGCUAAGGAGAGAAAGAACGAGGGAGAGGGAGACAGAUUUACUAGCGGGCAAUGAUGGCAAAUUCCACGUCUGCAUGAAAAUAAAAAUGCAUUUGUUUCACAACAUUUCCACUUGCUUUGGAUUCAGAUUCUAGAUUUCAAGUGAGUAGCAUCAGGGCAAAACAAAAUGUCUCUUGAUGUACUUUGCCAAGUAUCAGAAAAGAGGUUCUCCUCUCAAGUGAACCAAACACAAUGUCAUAACUUGGAUACACAUGCUCUAAGUUUGUUUUUAUUAUGUAAGUAAAUUGCAUUUGUCUAUUAUUUUCUGCCAGUCAUUUCUGUCUUCACUUUUUUGUGCUACUUGUCUUAAAAGAACACGAAUCAACAGCAAAGAACACCAUAAAUCUUGCUUCCCUGGCAGAUUUGCACCUACGAAGAAAGGCACAAAACAGAGCAGAGUCAGACAUCAGACAUCUCCAACCAAGUUACUAUAAUAGCACUAUGA